AUAAAAAAAAAAAAGUUGCUUUCCUAUAAUGGGCUUCCUCUAUCUUCCGCGCUGGGCUUUCUCUCUCCUCAAGCUUUCUCACGUCGCGACUCGCAAGCUUUCUCUCUCCUCAAGCUUUCUCACUCGCGAGCUUUCUCACUCGCGAGCUUUCUCUCUCCUCCUCCACUGCGAAAUCUCAUCUAUAAGGGUUUAUAAUAUGCAAAAUCAAGAUAUAGCUAUGUCGGUCUGCUAUCUUGUCUUUGUAAUAGUUCUUCAGCAUGGAAUUUUGUCCGACUUGUUCAAAUUUACUGCAAUAUGAAAUGCGUAAUCCUGCUAGAUUCUUCUGCCGAUGUUGCCCCUACGUGUCUCCUAUAGAAAGGAAGGUGAAAAUAAAGAGAAAGGUACAACUUGUCAAGAAAGAGGCAACACCAAUUGCUGUGGGAGAAAAGAAUGUUGGAGCAGUCACUGAUGCGUCAUGUCCAAAAUGUCAUCAUGGCAAAGCAUCGUUUCACCAAGCGCAGACCAGAUCAGCCGAUGAACCGAUGACAAUAUUUUACAAGUGCAUGAACGAGAGUUGCGGACAUAAUUGGAAAGAGGAUUAAAUUAAACACACCCCUUCAUCACAAGUUGUGAAUAUUUUUGCUAGCAAUCAUGUUCUGAAGUACCUUUAGUUGAUUUUGGUUUUCCUUUUUUAGGCAACUUCUGCUUCUCGAGCUUAGUUCAUCACUUUCUUACACAAAGUUCUACACGAAAAACAUAUUUGAUUGGUCUUGGUGGUGUUUUUCUGAGAGCAUAAAAUUAAGUGCUUUUAGACA